AUGAUCAGCAUUAGACAGGCAUUGCCCGAGGAUCUUGUCAAAAUCCAGCAGACGAACUUGAACAAUUUGCCUGAAAACUAUCAACUGAAGUACUAUUACUACCACAAUAUGAGUUGGCCAACCCUUACAUUUUUAGCGGAGAAUGCCGAAGGGAAGGUAGUUGGAUAUGCUUUGAUCAAGAUGGACGAAGACUCAAAAAUUCCAUUCGCCCAUGUGACAUCAAUUUCCGUUCUGAGGACAUACCGACGACUUGGAGUUGCAACGAAAUUAUUGAGAUCUGCGGAGAAUGCGAUGAUAGAAGGAUAUUCUGCUGAGUACGUCACGUUGCACGUGAGAGAGAGUAACGUUGCCGCCAUUCAUUUGUAUCAAAACACGAUGGGGUUUGUCAAAAUGAGUACCGAGAAAAAGUACUAUGCCGAUGGUGAAAACGCGUAUGUAAUGCAACACAACUUGACUGUCGAUAAUCUUUUCAACAAAGACGAGUCCUCUGUCACUUUGGACGAUUGGAAAAACAAGCACCCUUCCCCUGUUAAAGAGCAAUAA